AUGGCAGGACCACAGCACCUCGACGGCGCAAGUCUGUCGACCACUGCUCUGACGAUAGCAGCACUGAUACUGAUCCCUCUGAUCGUUGUUCUCAAGAGACUUCUCUUCCCGGUUUUCGAUGCUCGCGAGCCUCCAAUCUUGCGACCAAAAAUUCCCUUUUUUGGGCAUGUUUUCUCUCUGGUGAGGGAGGGCGCCAACUUCAACCAUAGGCUUUACAAGGAAAAGAAGCCGCCAAUCUGCACGCUCCCGAUGUUGCAUGGCAAGAUGUACCUGGUCAACUCCCCUGCCUUGAUAGCAGCAGCCAUGCGCAACGGCAACAUCUCGUUCUAUCCCUUCCAGUCCUUGGCUUCGACUGCGAUUAUCGACUUGCCGCAACGCCACAUCGAGAAGCUGAACCAUCCCGAGGUUUUCCAUCAGAUUGGAAAGACGAUGGCUGGCACUCUUAUGAAGGAGUCGUUGCAAGCGAUCAACGCUGCCUCUCUGGGCUACUGCAGCGAGGUGCUGAACGCCUUCGGAGAAACACCCAAGACCGUUCCGGCGUGGGACUGGGUCCAAGAAGUUAUGGCCAUGGCUGCCGGCAGAGCUUUGUAUGGGAGGAAUAACAUGUGGGAUGUCAAGACAUUCGAGGAUCUGUGGAUAUUUGACGAGAACCUAGCGAUUUUGGGGGCAAACUUUGCACCGAAUCUUCUCGCCCCUAAAGCAGUGGCUGCUCGUCAUCGCAUGAGGGCGCUCUUGCGGCCGUUCUACGCCGACCACUUGGACGAAAACCCUGAUGUUGCGAGCAUCGUCAAGGGACGGGCAAACGCUCUCAGGGGGCGAGGGAUACCGUCCGACGAACUCGGUUUCACGGAGUACUUGCUGCCUUGGGCGGCGACGACGAACACCAUACCGAUGACUUUCUGGUUCUUGUUGAACGUGUUUUCCAAACCCGAAUAUGUCGAGCGUAUCAGAAAAGAAGUCUCAGCCAUCACUACCAUGGACAAAACGGCGCAUGGAGGUCAUGAUGCGACACUAUACACCAGCGAAAUGGAGACGGCUUGCCCUUUUUUGACGGCGUGUUACCGUGAAGUCCUCAGGCUGUACGUCGCUCAGGUCUCCAACCGCCGUGUGAUGGAAGACUUGACGCUCGACGAUGCGGACGGGCGGCAGUACUUGCUCAAGAAAGACACCAAUUUGCAGUGGGCGACGAGCGUGACCCAUCUCAUGCCGGAAGUCUGGGGUGACGAUGUCACAACGUUCAGGCCAGAACGCUUCCUCUACGCAACGGCGGAGGAGGAGAGACGGCGACGCGGAUUCAUGCUUCCGUUCGGCGGAGGCAAACAUCUGUGCCCGGGCCGCUUCUUUGCGCAGACCGAGAUUACGGGAUUUGUGGCGGCGAUGGCACUCGGUUUCGAUGUGCAGGACGUCAAAGUGCCUCCAGCGGGUGUUCCAGCCUUGGCCGCGGCGGCGAGACAUCCGGCAAAGGGACAGGGCAACUUCGAAAUCAAGAUCUCGCGACGGAAGGACUGGGAAAACGUUAAUUGGAGGUUUGUAUGCUGA